GUAUUUUUUUAAUUGAUUCGAGGCGCAAAACAACCAACGAAUCUUCCAGAACACAAUGCCUAUAGCGACGUGGUAUACCGUUCUUUCCGACUUUCAGUUGGAAGCCCUGUACGAUUUGGCCUACGCCAUCAAGGAUGAUGCCGAUGUGGGCACCACCGAUCGGACUAGAAUCUGCCUCGCGAGGCUGGGUAUAACGCCAAUGCUGAAGCCUAGGCAGCUACAGAGCCUGGUCUAUCUGAGCCGCAGCAGUGACCUUGCCUUCCUGUACUUUCUCCUGGAGGGCCACUACAAGUCGUGUCGGACACCUUUGACCUCAACCGAGCAGAUCCUGAUGUCCUGCAUCAUGUUUCUCGACCUGGAGAUGACUUUCCGGGAGCUGGAUCGUAUCCUACCGCCGGGCUAUGAGCCUCGCGUGAAAGAAGAGCAGACGCCACAGGUGUGUCUUCGGGUCGGGGCACCAAAGGAGCGCCAGGGCUCGAAAUCCAAGUCCCCGUACUUCCAGAAGCUGUCAAGACCAGGUCCAGCGAGGAAUAUGGAUCGCUUCAGCUGUAAGCAUAGCAGCCACGUGGUGUCGUUUCCCUUCUGGCCACCGGGCCAAAAGGCCACAUACAAAGUUAACGAUGCGGACCGCUGGUUCGCCACCUACCAGUUCCAGCCGGUCAAGCGGGUGCUCCUGAAGGCAGUGUCCGACAUUAUGGACAAAUACUGGAAGAAGUUGAGUCUGGGCGAGUUCAUCGAUCGAGACGCGUCUCUGUGCAAGAACCACGUGGAGGCUCUGCGCCAGGAGCAGCUCGUGAAGGAUGAGAUCGUGGUUAAGAUCCGCGACCGUUGCCUCGACCUCGUGGAUCUCGAAGUACGCGAGGAUGUUCGCCUGAAGAAACGUGUGAUCUCUCUUCUGGACAAGGACAUUGAGGACUGUACGUUGCGUUGGAAGAAGCUUAGAGGAUUGCAGUACACGCACGUGGAUCUGGUCAGGCAAGAAGGAAUUUUCUGCGGCAGACGCACAGUGUCCACACCCGCUUGCCCUGCCAAGAUGAUGUACAUGUGCCAGGAGGAUGAUAUCAGACGUCUAGAGACGUCGAACACAGCCAGCGUACAGGUGAUCACCGAAAAGAAUCGCGUAAGGUCUAAGGCCGGAGCGCGUGUAUCCGAUCCCGAGGAGGAGCCAUGUCUACCCCUUGCCCCUGAGGGCACUGAGCUCGAGCUGCCCAAGUGUUCACCACCACCACCACUUGGUAAGACUCCCAGGAAAGGUACGACCCGGUUCACGAUAAUGGAAAACGAGCUGGAGGACCUAGCGUGCUCGCCAUGCAGGUUCUUCGAGGCAGCCAAGCUGCACAAACCCUUCCUGUUCCACUACCAGGAAAUAUCACCCGAUGCCCCAGAAAGUGAAAAGGUUAUCGGAAGGCAGGUCCUCCGAUCGCUAAGAGCUACUCCCGAAGAUAUGUCCGGCAGCGGGGAGAGCAUGAAAGGGAGCUUCAAUUAUAGAGCACAGGUGGUCGAGACGAUCGUUCAGUGCGCCAAGAGCAUGUGGCUUGGCUCCCUGGAGGCCUAUCAGCGGCAGUGGGAGAAGGAGAACACUCCAUUGGGGCCCAAUUGCACGCCGGACAAGACUAAUCCCCUGUAUUGGAUCGAUGAAAUUAAAUACUUUGACCCCAACAACAGCAAGCUAAUGGAGCGGCUGCGGCGGGAUGCCUUCCGAGUCUUGCGCCGUGAUCCCCGGCUGGUGUUCGCCGCCUUCCCCGACUCCUACAAGGCGGUGGUGGUGCAAGAGUGGGUCAAGCGGCGCUAUGGCAAGAUCUACCAUCACACGGAGGUCGAAGUCAAUGCAAAGAAAGCGGAGCUAGCCUUCUUUGACGUGAUUUCCCAGCAGAAAAAUGCUCCUAGUGUCCAGAAGAAAGAACUCAUGGGGGACUUCAAGUACAGCCAAUCCGUCGAGCUGGUGGCCACGGCCAACAGACUGAGGAACGAGUACUAUCAUUUUCUCAACGAGAAGCUGCUACAGGAGACCCGUACCUGCUGGAAAGCCAUGAGUCCACAGUUCCUUAAAUCGCCGACUGUAAAGAGUUGCUUCUUUGCCUACCUACCCGCUCGUCAAGCGGAAAUGUUGCGUCGGUGAAGACGAUUUCAAAAUUGUUAAGCUAUUAUUAAACUUUAAAAUUUUUUGUACGAUAAACAUU